UGUAAAAUUGUGUUUUGUUUACAUCGUGGAUCGUUCUCAUUUCACAUGCAACUUAACGUGCGUAUUCGUUAAAGCUUUCUCGAAACGAAUUACUAUGGAAAUUCUGUUGUUUGGAAAUUUGUAGAAACUUGCACAGCCUGUAUUUUUUUUCUGAUCUGUGAGCACUUAUAUUAGCAUCACCAUGUCGUACGUUGAAUGGUUGGCCAAGGUUCGGGGUGCUGAUAAAUCGUCCGCUAUCCAGGGUAAGAUCCGGAAAGUACACUACAAUUUCCCCGAUGGGUCCGAGAUGAUGGAAGAGUACAGUAUUGAAACCGGUAUUAUUUUACGGCGUGCCUGGAAGUUACGCAGUGAUGUUUUUCGCAAGGAUGAUUGGCAAGUGGAGCUGGGAGAUCCAAUUCCGAAAUCAUUGACUAAAGCGGAUAGCAUGAUGCUGUGUGAAGCAUCAACCGAGCCUGUACUGUCAAAACGAGUGACGCGGAUUGCUUUAGAGUGGCGUAUCCGAAACUUACCGUACCCGCUAUCAACAUACACGAUAACCUGCGACGGGGAUGCUCGUUCGAUUACGGUUCGAACCGCAAAUAAAAAGUAUUUCAAAAAAAUUAUUGUACCGGAAUUUCAAAGGUGCAACUUUCCACCAAAGCAGGAAGAUUUGACUGUACGACACCAAAAUCAGACGCUGAUUAUUUCGUAUAAAAAACCAGCCAUUCUAAUCGAAAUGGAGAAAGCCGUUUUAACUGAACUUCAAAAUGUAGAAACUAUCGAAUAUGAUAACCUUCAAUGUGAAGAACUACUUAAAGGACUAAUGGGUCAGUGAAACUUAGAAUUAAACAGUUUUAUCAACUGUACAUAGAUAACCGAUUUCAGGGUGGCCACUCAAAACCCGAAAUUAAAUUCCCGGUUUUCUCCCGGUUCGUUCAAAUAUUUUUCCUGGUUAAUUGUACUUUUGAAUUCUGUAGUUUUCAAUGCAGUUAAGGAAUAAAAAAGUGUGACUUUCGAUUUACAUCUCAA